UGAAGAAAGUGGAUUGUGAUUAUAAAGAUGAUGGCGGGGCCAGUGCUGGAUUGAAUGUAAAUAAUAACUUAACUACUGGUUCCUUGGUUUGAAGUCAUCUAAGAACCUUUUGAAAACCAAUAAAAACGAAGAAUGUUUAAUUAUGACAGAAUAUGAUUCCCAUGAAAUAAUGAGCGACGUUGUUUAAGAGAAACAAUUCCAGAAAAAUUCAGGUGAGAUUUCAUUAUGCACAGUAACAAAUCAAAUAAAUGAGGAUUUAACUGUCGGGGAAGUUAAUUCUGACUGUGAAUCUGCUCCUGAAGCGAUACUGCAAUCAGCUAUGUCUAAUGAAUUAAGCAAUAUUAAAGAAGAAAGUUUGAUUGUGAAUGGAUCGUGCACAAACAAAACGGGUAAGUGCGAGGUAGUUUCUGACUCUGGAGGGCUUAUUAUGGAUCAGACAAUUGCUUUAGAUAAUGCCAAUAAAAAUAAAGAAAUUACUGAUUGUGUCGAAGAGUUGACAGAUAAAAUUUCGGAAGAAAUGGAACAGGAUUCUAACUCAGGUGUCGAUAUCGAAAAAUGUUCAGAGAGUAUAUCCAAUGUAAGAGUAUCUGCAACCGACUCCAAUUUCGAGAAUAAAUCUGAUACCGUAAAGGAAAUUAUUCUUGUGCGAAGUGAUAAAGUUGUAGGUUGUACAAAUGAUGAAUCAAAUAAUGCGUCUGAAGUAUGUUUAAAUAUUAAAUUAAAUGAUCCAAUUUCAAUAACUGAAUUGGGUCCUCCAAGUUCAGAAGUUUUUGAUGAAUCUCUUUCAGAAGAAGAAGUUUAUGUUGAAAUUGAUGAUGAGGAAAGUGAUCUCAAUGGAGAAAAGUCGGGAGAAAGUCAAGAGGGAAAGGAUAUCAAUUCUCACAGCAUGUCUGAAAAUGUAUCUGGUAGCUUUGAAGCAAAUGACUUGCUCAAUGAAAAUAACAGAAAUGAGAAGGAUGUUUCAAUGAAUAAGGAUCAAAAUAAUUCUGAUGAAGUUAUCUCAGAAAGUGAAGUUUAUGAAAUUAAGGGCCUGAGUGGAAAAGAAAUUAAUUUAGAGAUCUCGAAGGAAAAGCAAGAUGAAUCUCUCAUAGUGGAAAAUUCUGAAAUAGUUUGUUCUUUUGAAGUUAAAAAUCCACAAUCUGAAUCAAAAGUGGAGGGAUGCAGGAAGGAAAAUAAGCAAGUACAAAGUGAAAAGAACAAAAAUUUAUCAGAAAAUGACAUUGCAGCAUCAGAAAUUGCAAAUAUGGAUGUUAUAAUUGAUGAAAAUUCAUUAGAGAGUAAAAGUUUGCAAUCAGAUUCCAAAUCUGAGGUAUUUAGUAGUAAAAAUAAAAGUAAAGAGAAAAAAAAUUUACCUGAAAAUGACAAUGUGGUGGCAGAAAUUACAGAUAUGAAAUCAUUAGAUUCUGAUAUUGCAGUUGAGAAAAAUUCUUCACAGAACCAUAGUCCUUCUUCUGAUGGAGAUGAUUUUAAUCUUGAUGAUGAUGUAAUAGAAGAGUUUGCUAACGAAGAAAAUAAGAUUAUGAAACUUUCUAAUGAUGGAAUAGAGGAGUUACCUAAUGAAGAAAAUAAGAUUAUGAAACUUUCUGAUGAUGAAUUGGAUGAUUUAGUUGAGGAAUUUGUUGAGGCUGAAUGUUCCAGUCUAUCUGCUGAGAACAAAGAAUCGAAAUCUAAGGAUCUUUCAUCAGAAAGUGAUGAUGAAAUGGAACUAUUAAUUGAGGACUUUAAAGCUGUUGAUUCUGAUAAUGAUUGUUUUAUUGUUCAAGAUAGUAACAAUGUAGUUGUUAUUAAUGAUGAUAAUGAAAGUGUACAACCAAAAAAGAAAUCUAUUUCAAAUAAAUUGCAAUCUGAAACUGAUAUAAAUUCAAAUAAUUUAAGUGAUAAGAUGGUAAAAAAUGAUGCAGUUUCAUGUUCACAAGACCUUAUUAAAAAGUCCGAAACAAGUGCGAAAGUUUCUGAAAAUGAAAACAUUGCGGAAAAGGAGAAUGAAAUUGAAGUUCUGAAUGAUGAAGCAAAUAUAGAAAAGCUUAAAAAUGUCAAAAUUGGAUUCUUUAAAUCUGAAAUUUUUGAUAAUGAAGUAGAAGAAAAUAAGCAAAAUAAUAGUAAUAAACUUGAUAAAAAUGACAUUGAAGGUAUGACGGAAAAAAAUAUUGUAACAGCAUCACCCUUGUUCGAAGGCUUGCGUGGGAAAGUAGGUCUUGAAUGUAGGACUGAUGGAAUGUAUUUGAAAAAAGAUAAUAAGAAUAUAAAUUUGCAAAGUGCAAAUACAAAUGAUGAAAAAGGGAACAUUUCGAAUAAUGCAGAUAUAUCAAAUAAGGUAUCAAAUGGUUAUGAUAUACUUUCUAAGGACCAGCCUGUAAUAAUUAGUGCUAAGUCAAAUUCUCUUGAAGAAGAGCAGUGCAUGGAUGAUAUCCUAAAGAAAGUCUGUGCAUCAAGUGAUAAUAAUUCUACAAAUAAUGAAGAAUGUAAAAGCACUGCUAUUAAAAAGAAGAGUGAAUUGGUGAACAAUUCCAUUUUAUUAGAAGAAAAUCAGAUAAUUUCUCAAAAUGGUGAUAUAAAAUCCCUAGGUUCUUUAUGUAAUGAUACUCUGGAAGAGUCGAAGAAAAGGAAGCUAGAGUCCUUGGACAACAAAUCAGAUGAAUCUGUAAAGAAAAUAAAAACCCAGAAUAAGGCUGAAAGUAAUGUUGUUACUGCUGAGUCUUCUUCAUCACAAAUUGAUGCUUCUGUUAGAAAAAAAAUAUUAGACCACUUUAAUGAAGCAUUUCGUACAAAAGUUCAAUUAAAAAAGAGUUGGCUGGAAAAAAUGUCUAAAAGACUUUGCAGAGAAACAUUAUUGGAAGAGUACAAAGAAGAAAUAGCCAAACAGAAGAAUCUAAUUAAAGAUUUAGAAGAUAAACUUCAGACUGUAAAAGAUGAUUUGAAAUAUUCUAAAGCUCAGGUGACAACUUUUACGGCUUUACAGAAAGUGAUAUUUAAAAAACAUCAGUUUGCUGUCCAGACUGCUGUGAGGACUGUUGCGGUUAAUGUCAAAAUAUUUAGGGAAUGUGAUGAGCCAUGCACUCAACCACAACCUAUGCCAUUUCCUACUGUUACUAAAACUGAAGUAUCUUCUAAUACUAAAACUGAAGUACCUGCUAAUACUACAGUAACCUCUGUAAGUACUCCAAUUUCAUCUCCAGCUUCAGUUAAGGCACAGGUACCACAGCUGAAAACUCCUGCUGCUCCAGUUCUUCAAACUGCUGCGUCUAGGAAAUGUGAGUCUCAAUUCAUUAUGCCACAGUCAAAAAUUUGUGUUUCAAGUGCACGAUUACCAGCUCCUAAUUCUGUAAGAUUUGCUCCUGCUCCUGCACCAGCUCCAGCUAAUGCUGCUGCGACGAAAAAGGAAGUUGCACCAAGUUUGAGCAAUUCUCAGGCUGUUCCACCACGACCAGCAGUUGCACAAAAAAGUCAACCUCCAACUAAAGCAUGUAGUCAAGUGAUUGAUUUAACAGAUGAGGAAUCAUCAAGUAAAAAACUAAUGCCAGCAUCAUCUACACUUGUUUCACUUGCAUCAAACUCAAAAGUCAACCUGCCUGGAUUGCAGAAUAACCAGAAUGUUCUGCUUCCAAUCAAUGGUCUAUUUCAAAUGUUGCCUGCUGCAGCACAGAACAAUUCACAGUUUUCUAUCAGCAAUCCUGUGCAGGUUCAACAAGUGUCUCGACAAGCUCUUGUUCCGACCCUCCAACCAAAUCUUCUAGGACCUAGAACUGUUGCGUAUAUCAUUCCUACCAAUUCAGGCCAGAUAAGCUCAAUUGGACGAAAUUCCUUACCUGUUACAAAUUUUGUACCUGGUACAAAUCAGCGAUUGCAAACUUUAAUAGUUCGUGUUACUAACCCAGGUCAAGUUCCUCCUAUGAGCACAGCCAUAAAUUCACAUGCCAGAAUGCCAGCUCCCACUCACGGUUUAAGGGCUCCAACCACAAGGCACCCAUCAAUUCCGUCAUCUUCAUCUUCAUCUGACCUUGUUCUUUUUCCUCGCCAACCAAAGCAUCCAGCACCUUUCCCAGCUCUACCAGAAUAUCGUUCAAGUUCACAAUUAAAAGCAAUCCCUCCAAAACCUUCUUUAAAAGGCUCUAGAGCUCCUAAUGGCAUUAUUUUAUCUUGGAAUAUGAGCUUACUUAGUUUACAUGCAGAAAUCGCAAAUUAUCAGCUUUUCGCUUACCAAGAACAACCUGGUCCAGUUAAUUCGUCUUUAUGGAAGAAAGUUGGUGAUGUCAAAGCUUUACCUUUACCCAUGGCAUGCACUUUAACACAAUUCAUGGAUGGAAAUAGGUACUAUUUUACAGUAAGAGCUGUAGAUGUCCAUAACAGAUUUGGACCCUACAGCGAUGCUGUUAAUAUAUUGUUUACUAAUAUAAAGGAUUGCAAGUCUUUAAAAUAAGCGAAUAUAAAUAUAUCUUAAGAUCUGUAUUUGAAGUAUAAUUAAGUUAUGGUAUGAGCUAUAAUAUUGAUUUUAUUAAUUUCUCAAAACAUUUUUAUGUUUUAGAAAUUAUUCAAUAUUGAAACUAAUUGUACCAAAUUAUUCUUUUAAUUUUGUUAUAAAGAAUAUUUAAUUGAAAUGCAGUUAACAGUAAAUAUUUAAGCUGUUCUAAGCAUAAAAUAUUUUACCAAGAUUUUAAAUUUGCAUGAUUUAAUUUUAUAUGUUUGAAAACUGAUGGCAUAAGGAAAAUGCAUGUUAAAUUUAUGUGCUAAAAACAUACAGAAUGACUAUAUUUGUAUCCCUGAUUCAUUAUUUUAUAAUGUGUUGCACAUUUUUAUCACUUUUAAGAUAUUUACUAUUAUGAUAAAUAUCUGUUGUAUGUUCCAGAUAAAUCUAUGCAAAUAUAUAUAUGUUUUUAUCUGCAUAGUAAAUUUGAUACAAUGUACAUAAUAAAGCCAUCAAUUGUAAAUAAAACUCACGAACGAUUAUUUUCUUUUUGUUAAUGUAAAAUCGUUCGUUUUUUGAAUCAUUGUAUAGUAAGAUUUCCAUAUCCAUCUGUUUAAACACAUUCAGAAUUCAGACUAUUUGAUAUAUCUUUUAAUAAAUAAGUUGGCUCGUAAUUUUUACAGUAUUUCUGUAACUGUUCCCAUUCUUUCAUUUUUUACAGCAUAUGUGUAAAUAAUGCAUACAAUGACCAAAUGUUGUCACUAUUAAAAUAUAACCAAAAAAAAACUUCAUUUUAUAAGUUAAACAAGUUGAGUCAAUAAAAUUUUACCACUAGUUUUUUCUGUUUUGCCAUAUUUAAUGAUUGUGAAUUUUUUAAUUUCAUUUAUGUUUAUCGUGUGUUCCUUAUGUUACUUACUAGUUUGUGUAUGUAGAAACAGUACUUUGUAUAAAUUAUCAUCAUUUGAAAAUGGAUUUUUAUUUAGGUGCAA